AUGAGAACCCCCCCGAUAUAUCGUAUUUAUCCUCAUCCUCGGUCGCUGUUUCAAACGUUGAGAAUCCGCGCAUGUUUCCGUGUCGGGGUGCUGCUCAUCGCAGCCGUCGAUCCGCUCGAUCAACGGCUUAUCUCCCACGGAUGCUUUCGCCUCGUCUACACUGGUCGCAUCUAGAGGCAACGUCACGCUAUUAGUCCUUUGAUGGGACGUCAAUGCCACGCCGUAUGCAUACAUCGUCGUACAUGUGGCUGUUCAGGGCAGCCGCCUGAUUGAUCUGCCCCAAUAACCACCCCUGAACCAAGCCUCAAGAACAUUAACACAACCAAACACAAAGCGCAAUCUAGCUCGCAGAGGGGGACCCCCGGCGACGAAAUCCGUCUGGAAGCUGCAUCGCUACAUUCAUCAAGCUGUGACUAGUGGUCGAAGGCCGUUUCUUCCCACGUCCAACCUCAAAUUCUUUCUUUUGUAGCAACUGUAUCCACGCAGUCCCUCCCGAGGAACUGGAGAUCUGUAAAGGUCUGCUUGCUGUACAUCGGCAACCUUGUCGUGGUUCUUUCUUUUUUGUCAACGUUGAACUGCAACCUGUAGCAGUUUUUUUUUUUUUCCCAUCAUUGGACUCUGUCGUCUGCCCCUCUGGCCCCUAUCCUCCACUUCUACCAGCUAGACGACCCAACCGGGGUCACAUCGGAGGGGGGGGCUGGACCCCCUCCUGCGGUUCCUGCCUGAGGUAUUUUUAUCGCGAGAAGGGUACAGCAAUCCCUUCCCUCGCUACGUACGAAGUCGAUCAUGGUUUACUAACAAGCUUUGCAGCGCGUCGCUUCAUUCUAGACCAGGAUUUACUUGGGGAGAAAAAGCUCACCCUGCCGGGACUCGAACCCAUGACCUGGCCCUUAGCAGGCUGCGAGGUUGUUUGUUCUUUCCUCCUGGGUACCGCAGUUUUAUGCACAUACCGCGAGUGUAUUUCGUACUCGUGCAAAAGUAGUUUCAGGGUUUAUCAUCGGUAACGCUCGUUGAGGCGGGUCAAUGCAGUUGCUGACGCUUUCCCUCCUGUAUGUUCUUCGUGCCCCUCUCCUCCCCUUGCUCUAUCCGUGCAUCAAGUAGUCUCGCUCAGCAUCCUGACGGCACCGCGGCGCUGGCGGGAAGCCGGUCGCGACUCGAGCCUCACUUGACAAGCCGGUUCAACUUUAGGUGGGUCGUAUGCAUAGAGCAGCCACAGGGGGUUUCAUGCAGUCCAGAUUGCGAUACAACUCUACGGAUGAGCGUGAUAUUGUUGAGGGAUACACUUGCAUGUGUGCUGCUGGGAGAGGCAUUUGUGCUACUCAAGUGUUUGUAGAGUUUCUGCACAUGUGUUUACGACGCAUUUCGAUGGCACAACGACCGGACACACUUUUUCCAACUGUCCGCGGUCCAAACAUGGCACUACAAAGGGCCGUAGAGAAGUUCGACGCAUGGGUAUGUUCACUUUUGCCUUUUGGCCUCUGAUUAAAAUGCUGAAUCGCAAAGCACAUGGUGUUCUCACUUUGGAUGACAGGUAUCUAUACAACCGAGGGCUGGACACCAAGACGGGUUCGAAGGCUGAUUCGGCGGUUCCUCUCCGUCGAACAUCUACCCAACCUAUGGGGCGCCAGGGCGGUGCUUGAAGACGUGGUGUCAAUCCUGCGUGAUGUAACGGCGAUUCAAUGCGAACCUCUUGGUGAUCAUUGGCAGCCAUCUUGCAUCGCUGCGGAGAACUGUAGUGACGACCGGAAGAUGUAACCGCUUGGCUUACGCACAGGCACAUUCGGAGAUCUAGGGUUCGUUUUCCAUGCUUAUUCGUUGCUACUUCAGCGAGCGCCUAUUCGGCGAGCAACUGCU